AUGACAUCCAAACUACUUUUGAGUAUUUUUGCGACAAUUCUCAUCAUCGCGAGCGUUUCCUGCAACGAUAAUCUCCAGAUCGCCUACCAAUGGAAACAGCUCGACUUUGAGUUCCGUAAUGAGCAAGAUCGUCACGAGGCAAUGGAUAACGGGACUUUUAUCCCAGCGAACAUUAUCCCUAUGGGACUUGAAGUUUAUCAAAAUCGUCUCUUCAUGACGAUGCCCCGAUGGAAAAAUGGCGUUCCCGCUACUUUGGCGUAUAUUGAUCUAAACGGCUCUGAAAUGAAGACAAAUAUAAAAUGUGAAGCAAAAGCAAGUGUCGAAACGAAAGUUACGCGAAUUAAAAAGACUUUUGCGACAAAAAGACGCAAAAAUCGCAAGAAAAAUGCGUUUCAAGAACAAAGGAACAGCCAUGUUGGAACUUCUGAGAAUAAAAGUCGUGAGAUUCCGACAAAUGUGAAUUUGUGGCAGAACGCUUAUACGAAUGCCAUGCGUUGGCAGUGUGAACAACAAGUGCGUUUCUGGAAAAAUAUCGCCGAGAAAUAUAAGAAAGAAAAUGAAGAAUUGAAGCGUCAAUUGGCAGAACGUAAAGAGAAUGAAGAAAAAAGUGAGGAAUGUGAAGUCGAGGCUGAUACGGUAGAUGAGCAAUUUAUAUCGUUCCUUGAGAUAACAGCAAAGCAUCGAAUGGAGCGAUAUAGCCAGCGGGUUCUUGAGGAGCGUGAUAAUACGACAACUCAAUCUCCGAAAUUGAAGCCAUACCCAAGCUGGAGUGCUCAUAUGUACGAACCCCGUGAAUUAGUCUCUCCUUUCCGUAUUCGUGCUGAUCAAUGCGGCAGGUUAUGGGUCAUCGAUUCGGGAUUCAACAACAUUUUAUCAGAAGAGGAUCGUGUCGCUGUACGACAUCCCUCUUUAGUUGUUUAUGAUCUCCAUAACGAUAAUUUGUUACGUCGUUAUGAAUUCCCCAUGGAUCAAGUUAAAAAUGAUUCUUUAUUUGCCAAUAUUGCUGUUGAAGAUGACGAUUGCGAUGAUGCAUAUGCCUACGUUACCGACAUCUUCAAUCCCGCUUUAUUGGUUUACAGCUGGAAACAACAAACCUCAUGGCGCGUCACUCAUCAUUACUUCCAUCCCGAUCCAUUAGCUGGCAAUUACAGCAUCGGCAACAUUUCUUUCCAUUGGGAUGAUGGGUUAUUUGGUAUUGCAUUGUCCAAACCACAAGCUGAUGGAUUCCCAACGUUGUAUUUCCAUCCAUUGAGUUCAACCAAUGAGUUUAGUGUUUCGACACGUGUCUUGAGAAAUCAGUCUGCCGCGACAAACCAACAAGAAAUCUUCAAUGAGUUUAAAAUUCUCGGAACUCGUGGACCCAAUGGGCAAUCUGCUGUUUCGUUCCUCGAUAAAAUCACGGGAGUUUUGUUCUAUACGUUGCCGAACUUGAAUGCGAUCGCUUGUUGGCGCACAAAUUCCAAAACUAAAACGUACACGAUCAAGAGUCAAGGACGCGUUUACAUGUCGCCCGUUGACAUGAGUUUCCCGAAUGACAUCAAAGUCGAUGAUCAGGAUCGUUUAUGGGUUUUAUCCAAUAAGUUACAUAUCUUCAUGUAUUCUGAAUUGAAUCCAAAUGAUGUGAAUUUCCGUAUUUUGACCGCUACGGUGAAAGAUGCCAUUGAACAUACAGCGUGCGAUACAAAAACCAAACCUUUGACAGAGAUUAUCGAUCGUUUGGGCGGGAUUUUGAGACCGAGCACAACAGCGCCCCCAACUGUACAAGGAACUGCAAGCGCCAUUCAGUUAUCUGUCGUUUUGACAAUUGUCUCAAUUGUUACGUCAUUUUCGUUUUUCGCUCAUUAAGGUGCCAUUAUCAAUUUAAUUUGGAGAGUGGAUUAAAAUACUUAACUCAACUUGAGAGUUAAUUUCUUUUCGUGUUAAUCGUUUGAAUGAUAACUGCAGUAACCAUCGAUAAAUAAUGAACAUCGAAUUCUUCGAACCUGCUUUGGUUACAUAUAACUUGUAACUUGUAGAUUAACCACUCAGAAUAAUACAAUAAAACGACGUCUUUUUGAAGCACUUCACUUAAAGAUAAAACAAUUUAUAACUUUAGUUAGCAGUCACAAACGACACCUUUCUGAAUUCUGAAUUAAAUAAAAGACAACUUUUAACUUACAAAAAUUAUUUCCCAACUUUUUUGAACAAAUAAUUUUUUUUAUUAAAAUUGAUAACUUUGUUAAAAUAAUAACUUGAGCUUAAAUUAAAAAUUAAUUAAGAAUUUAAAAAAUAACUUU